ACGAACGCUAAAAACCUGAAAUUCCUAAUCGUUUACCCUUCCCCACAAUGAAACUAUUUUUUUUAAAGAUAAAUUCAAGUGAAAUCAGUUCCUAUAUAAGUACAUGCAUCCCUAUAGGAAAUGUUAGUUCAUAGCAAGGCUCCCAAUUGAAACAAACGGUGAAAAUCAUACCUUUGAAAAAUAUGAUUAAAAAGACAGUCGGAACAUCGGGUGGUGUGAAAAUCCUAAAAUUCGUUCUCACUUGUGCCGGUUUCUGGCCGAGAAAUGUCCCAUAUAAAUGGCUAUCCGUAUUGUACGGUAUUUACAGUAACAUAAUCCUCAUAUUUAUCAUGUUCCUGUAUCAAAUGUCCAUGCUGAUUGAAAUAUUUCACAUCGAGAAUGUUGUCGAGGCUACAAAUAAUCUGUGCAUGACGCUAACUCUGAUGACAUUAUUCGGGAAAAUUUUGAAUUUCAAAUACUUUCUGGGAAACAUCCAAAGUCUGUUGUAUUUCGGCGAAGAAUUUGAAUUGGAAAAUGACGAAGAGGUCGCAGUGGUUCAGCAAAAUCUUACGUUUUACACCAGAUUGGUGCAAUUUUUACUAAUCACAGCUAACAUAGCCGGUCCCUCUAAUUAUGUGGGAGCAUUUUUAGCCGGUGAUUUUAAGUUACCAUAUCUGGCGUGGUAUCCAUUCGAUUAUAAAUCCAGUAACACUUUGUACGCUGGCAUUUAUUUCUAUCAAAGCAUUGGCAUGUUCCUGCAGAGUAACUUAAAUGUUACCAUGGACCUGUUUUCUGCAUAUAUGAUGCACAUCGGCAGCCUUAAGCUUCAGAUAGUGGGUCGACGCCUGAAGAAACUCUCAGAGUUUACUAUGCAAGGUCAGCUGAAUUUGGCCAUGGACGGUAAAGCCAAUAAGCGUCACAUUUCAUCAUUGGUUCGGUGUAUAGAGAGUUACCAGCGAACGUGGAAGUACAUGAACCAACUACAACAGUACUUCACCUAUGGAUUUCUGAUUCAGAUCGGCUUAAGUGGCAUAGUCAUUUGUUUCACUGCCUAUCAGCUAACAACAACAUCACCACGCGAAUCAUUUGCACUGUACUCGUACAUGGUGCUGUUUGGCUUUUGUAUGGUUGCACAAAUGUCUCUGCCAUGCUAUUUCGGUAAUGAAAUUAUUCUGAGACAUGAAGCACUUAGCAUCAGUGCAUACUCAUCCGGCUGGAAUGUACAAUCGAUGGAGUAUCGGAAAAUUGUAAUAAUUUUCAUGGAAUUGGUGAAGAAGAGGCACGGCAUUUUGGUCGGCAAUUGGUUUGAUUUAGAUCUGGAUGUAUUUACUUCGGUGAUAAACUUUGCCUACAGGCUCUAUGCAGUUUUGGUUUAAAUUAAAGAUUUUUUAUGAGUAACCUAUUUCAGGCGGCUGUGACAGGUACUUGUCUGUUAAAGGUGAAAGCGCUUGUCUGUUAAAGGUGAAAGGUUACAGAAAUUUUCGUUGAUGUUAAAGUAGAAUAGGAAUGUAAUUCAAAAGCUAAAUAAAUCUCCUUCGAAGAGAACUAAAUUGCUUCGAAGUAACCGACCUCCCAAAAAUAGCCGACGU